AGUCUGCAAAGGAUUCUCAAAGCAAACGCUUCAACAGCUAAAACGUUAAAAGCGACGCGCUCUUGAAAAUCUUGUGUACAAAAAUUAUUUGGAAGUGCAAAAAUAUUCCACAGAAAAAAAAAAUUUCAAAAAUAAAAAAAUUUGAAUAUUUUGGGAAUUUGCAAGCAUUUUUUUUCGUGUUAAAUUCUGAGCAAGUAAAAAGUGCUUUUUGAAUUUGAAAGAAAAAUUUGUGUAACAGCAUAAACAAAUUUUAACUGCUUAAUUACUUAAGUGGUGUAUGAAAAGUUUCAACUGAAUACUCGAACAAGCGGAAGUGUACGCCAACGCCAACCAGACAAGCAAAGCGCAGCGCAGCUAAAGAGGAAACACAAUAGCAGUUGACCAAUUCACGGACGACUUUACUGUCGAAGUCUAAGUGAACCGCCUGGUAAACCUCUGUCAAUAGUGAAACGCCGAUUUGUUGUUGCAGAGCGAAAGCAGUUUCAUCCACUUAGCAAUGGAAUCUCCUAGUGCAGCCACCGCUUCAGCUGCUGCCGCUGCAGCUGCCGCCAAACGCGUACAAAUCGAGAAGGCACACAAUUUUAUGCGUCAAUAUCGGGAUCCAGAAUCGCGUGAGCUAAAGAAAUUAUCAGCCAAUCAAUUUAUGGACGUGUGGGCACAUUACGAUAAAGAUGGUAACGGUUAUAUUGAAGGAACGGAAUUGGAUGGCUUCCUGCGGGAAUUCGUUUCGAGUGCCAAUGCCACAGACAUCAGUCCAGAGGCUGUCACCGACACAAUGCUUGAGGAGCUGAAAUCUUGUUUCAUGGAGGCUUACGACGAUAAUCAGGAUGGCAAAAUCGACAUUAGAGAGCUUGCCCAACUUUUACCAAUGGAAGAGAAUUUCCUUUUGCUUUUCCGUUUCGAUAACCCGCUGGAAUCGAGUGUCGAAUUCAUGAAGAUUUGGCGUGAAUACGACACUGAUAAUUCUGGUUACAUUGAAGCUGAUGAGCUGAAAAACUUUUUGCGCGAUUUACUGAAGGAGGCCAAGAAAAUUAAUGAUGUUUCCGAGGAUAAAUUAAUUGAAUAUACCGAUACGAUGUUACAAGUCUUCGAUGCCAACAAGGAUGGACGUCUACAACUCUCCGAAAUGGCCAAAUUGCUUCCGGUUAAAGAGAAUUUCCUUUGUCGUCAAGUUUUCAAGGAUGACUACGAUGCUCAAGAUUUGAAAGCCUUCGAGGAGACCAUACUGCGUGGUGUGGGCUAUGACAAAGAUGGUAAAAUCUCUCGUAAAGAACUCACAAUGAUACUGCUAACUUUGGCCAAAAUGCCACCAGAGGAUGAACAAUAAGUUUUUUUCCGCACACAAUACUCGUAGCAGUAACAACAAAAUUAGCUAAUUUGUAAAACAAAAAAAGGUGAAAGUGGUAUGGAAUGAAAAACACUUAACUUUUAAUGUUAAAAAUAUUUAAGACUUAUGAAAGUAAGCAAAAAUUUUGAUAGCAGUUAAAUGGAAAAUAGAAAAGUCAGCGCAUAAAUGGUUAAAAAGCCAAUAAAUUCCAAAAAAUUAAAUCACGAAGCCACACUUUUUAAUCGCUUGUGGUACACCAAUAAGCGAACACAAAUAAUAUACAAGAAAAAAUAGUUAAUUGAAAAAUAACAAUCACAAUAAUGCGAUUAAAAGUAAAAUAUUAUUAUAUUUAAAUAAAUAACAAAUUGCAAAAAGUCAGAAAAAAGGAUCGAAAAUUAAAUUAAAUUGCGAGCAACAAAGCAACACAAACUAACACAAGAAUACCACAAUAAAACAUUCAUCGAGGGAAAUUAUUUACUUUAAAAUGCUGCCGAUGUAAAGCAGUCAAUGAAAUAUAUACAUAUAUGUAUAGUAUAUGCAUGUAAAAUAUCAAAAUAAAUCAGCUGACGCAAAGAAAAAUAUAAAUAAAAAAUAUGU